CUCCACUUCGUUCGAUAAUAUGCGGAGUUCGAUCGAUCGUCCCCGUUUCUUCAGCAGCAGUGGCCGUCGCCCUCUAGGAGCACCAGAUUCCCACCGCACUCCCGCGGCUCGCGGCAGCAACCCGAACCGGACGGCGGCAUCCAUGGCCGAGGCGGCGCGCCAGGGGCGGCGAUUCGGCGGCGUCGAGGACGCGCCGGCGGGGCGGGAGAACGACCUCAAGGCCAUCGAGCUCGCCCGCUUCGCCGUCGCCGAGCACAACAGCAAGGCCAACGCGGUGCUGGAGUUCGAGAGGCUGGUGAAGGUGAGGCAGCAGCUGGUGUCCGGGCUCAUGCACCACUUCACCAUCGAGGUCAAGGAAGGCGGCGCCAAGAAGACCUACGAGGCCAAGGUGUGGGAGAAGGCCUGGGAGAACUUCAAGCAGCUCCAGGACUUCAAGCCGGCCGCCUGAAGAUGUACAACAACAGCCGGUGCUUGUUGUCGGAGCCUACAUAUCGAUGUCUCAUGUAUUAUAAUGGAAUAAGCCUCCGUAUUACCUGAUAUAUAAUCCACACAUGGAUGAUAUUACUCACAUAAUGGAUCUCUCGCAUAA